AUGAAGAAAUCUACAAAAUUUAUGAACUUAUUUUUGCUGAAUUCUAUUUGUUCCCUAAUUUUAUUAAUUUUCAUGGAAAUUUUCUUUUUUUUAUUGGAUGGGAUAAAUACCUUUGAAUUCAUAAACAUUCAGGAAAGGAUAUCUCAAAUGAUAUGGUGCUCUUUUUUUGUUAUGCAAAUUGGGGUCUUAAAAAUAGAGGAAGUAUUUUCCAAAAAUAAAAAUGGAAAACAAAUUAUUUGUAUACAUUAUUUAUUUAUUAUAUAUAUGUUUUUGUUUCCUUUAUCCUCUGCACUUUUAUUCACUUCUGCUUUAUCAUGGACAAAGAUAGUUUAUUUUACAUACAUUUUAAGCUUGUCUACAUCCAUAAAAAUAAGAGGAUUGUUAUUUAUCUGCACCGUUACAUUAAUUACAGGAUUCUUACGUUUUUAUCAUAGUAUGCCAUCAUUUAUUAUUAUUCUAUGUUUCACUGUCCUUCUUCUUAUUCACAUUUUAAUAUGUAUAUUAAUUCAUAUAGCAUUGUAUAUUUUGGCUAAACAAAUAGCCUCUAUUAAGAAGAAGCCGUUGUGUGCUUUUGACACCAUCGAACCAUACUUCCAGGAACUAGAGAAGAAAGCCAUUUUAAUAAGAAACAAUUUAAUAUACUGUCAGCAGAAUAAUAUCAGUGUGGAUAUACUAGGAAAUAACCUAUUCGAAUAUGAGAUGAAUGAUAGUAUCAAAAAAAUCAAGACAAUAAAUAAAAGCAGGAUAAAGGUGGGUGAAUAUAGUGAUAACCUGAUCAGUGUUCAGUAUGAAGAUCCACUUGAUGUCAGUGAUGUUAACUGUUCGAUUAUUAACAAUUUUCAUUUGGAAGUAAAUAAGAUUAACAUACAGAAUGAAAGUGUUUCUUCGUGCCAAAUGGAAGGAGAAGGAGUGAGAGAGGAAUAUAAAACCGAGGAAUCAAUAUGCACUAGAAAUAUGGAAGAUAGAAAUAUGGAAGAUAGAAAUAUGGAAGAUAGAAAUAUGGGAGAUAGAAAAAUGCAAGAUGGAAAAAUGCAAGAAGGAAAAAAGGAAUAUAGAAAAAAAGUGUGUCCUUCCGAAAAUUUUCCAAAUGGAAAUUUUUCACAGAGAAAAAAUUCCAUAAGAAGUAUAAACACGAAGGGUGAAAAGGAUCUAUUAUUUGACAGCCACACAAAAAAUCACACUUCCAGCAGUGUAGACAAAACUGGGCAUUUGGGAAAUAAUUUACAUAACGUACAACAUUUACCUUCGCGUAGACAUAGAAAUAGAUUAUCAAAAAGCAACAUAUACCAUUUGAAUAGUGCAAAUGUAAAUCCAUUUGGAAAAAAAUUGGACAAGUUAAAUAAUAAGAAUUAUGAAGAAACGUCGAAAAAAGAGAUAAUUCAUAGACAUUUUAGCUUACUGCGUAGUGGUUUUGGGAAAUUUCAUAGGAGAAAAAAUAUACUACUAUCAGAAGAGUUGAAAAAUAAAAUUAAUUAUAUAUAUUUCAAUAGGGAUGGAAAAGUUAAGCAAUCCAAAAUUAUUCCUCUUUAUGUUUUAGAGAGGCACAAUUUAAGUAACAUAUCAACGUACUUAAGGAAUAACAAUAUAUCCACGAUAUUUGAUAAUUAUUAUAAAAUAUUCACUCUUUUAGAGGAAAAAUCUCUGCUAGAAAUUGGUGAUAAUAUGCAAGAGGUAGUAAAAUGGAACUUAUUAAGAAGUUUACGAGACAAGAAACAGGAAAAAUCACGAGAAGGUGCUGUCACUGCUAGGGAGAACCAAAUUGGAAACUCCUUUUUCAUCAAUGAGAAACACAAGAACAGUAGAUAUUGCGUUAUUAGAAAUAAUGAUAACGUAGGAAAAGACAUAAAAUUUAGCUUUUCCAAUUUUGAUACAUUAAGAACAAAGAAGAAAGGGCAAAGUUCUAGUUACAACCAUUACACAUCUUCCAUGUCAGUGGUAGAUUCCGAUAUAGAAGAACGACAAAACCAAAUGAAGGACAUGUGUCAAAAUAGUACAAGGUUGUUUUACUUGCUCCAGGGAGCUCAAACAGAAGGAGAAGCAGCAAAAAGGAGCCAUAUCACCGAUUUGAAUGCGAAAAUAAAAGAGAAUCCGAUAUACCACUUCGAAUCUAGCAAUAGUAACAACGAUAACAGAGAUAUGAUUUGUAUCAGGGACAAGGGCCACUUUUAUGUAAAUAAAUCUAAAAAAAAAGAAACCAAUGUCAUUCUACCACAAGAAUCAAGUGAUAAUAAUCUUCCUUCAUCCAAUAACGCAUUUUAUAUUGAUGAUGUUUUGGAUGAAUCCUCCACGUCGGAAAUAGAUGAACAAAGCGAUCAUGAUGCAAGUGCAACGUGUGUCACAUUUUCUAAUGAGAGUCUACAUAAGACUAGGAAGGGUAAAUGCGACAAAAAAGCCAUUGGUUUUGAAAAUCAUUCUGUGAACAACUGUGUGUUGAAUGAAAUCAAUUUGAAGGAACGCAAUUUAAAUGGGAAGGAGAAAAAGAAGGAACACGCAACUAGGUGUCUUCGGGCAUUUUCAUCCCUCCAAACAUCCUCAUGCUAUCGAGUAGGACACAUGAAGAGAAAUGUUUCUAAUUUGGAUGAUGGUAUGAUCACUGAACAACCAGGUCACGAAAGAACAAAUGGCGACAGAGAAGAAGAAGAAGAGGAAGAAAUUGAAAAAGACAAUGGAAAAAAUUAUUUUCACUCUACAGGAGGGGAAAAAGGACCCGAUAAAACAGAGAAGAAAAAAAGCAACUGUUAUUAUGUUACAAAAUUAUCGCUGAAAAAGAAAAAAAAAAAACAAAAAAAAAGAGAUUCUGAGAUAGAUGUUAAGAAGAGUUUAUUCCUCGAAUUUUAUGAUGCUAUUUCGAUAAACUAUAAGGAGAAACCUCACAAUAUGGAGAAGAAGAAGACGAAGAAGAAAAAGACAAUGAUGAUGUGUCAUAAUUGGAAAAAACUCAUUUUAUUUAUGAACCCCAUUGGAAACAUUUUAGAGUAUACAAAAUCAUGGUGUGCAAAAUGCACAAAAGGGAGGAAAUACUGGAAAAAAUAUAACGAUACAUUUUACACAUCUGAGUGGAAAUAUAAUAUGCAAGAUAAUGAAUUGGAUUAUAUACUAAAGUAUAAGAAUUUUACAAAAUGGUACAAAUACUGGGUGAAAGGUGUCCUAUUUGAUUAUUAUAAAAGCGCUUAUCUUUUAAACAUGUUAUUAUUAUUAUUAAACGUUUUAACAAUAUAUGUACAAAUGCAGAUGUUCUAUUUCUUCUUGGAAGUUGAUCAUAGAGAACUAAAAUCGCCCAACCUGUUUUAUUUAGAAAAACCAGUAUUGGUAAUAACAAAAUAUAAUUUAAAUAAUUCCAUAGAUAUACGUAUAUUUAAUCGAUUUCUUUGGAUGAGAAUACCAACACAAAUCAUUUUAAAUGUUUUAUUCCUCCUACCAUCAUUAAUGGUGAAGAAUUAUAGAAGUGUAAAAUUGUUAAACAUUUUUGCUAUUUUAAAUUGUCUAGUUAAUACAUUCUUCGGAAUCAUUGACAUAAUUUACUCUAUUAAUAGCAGAAUAUACAACAUGAAGGAAUUAUAUACUAUCCUAAAUUAUUACAAUAUGUUUGAUAUAUUUUUAGUUGGAAAAUUAAUAACUAGCAUUUUUUUAAUUCCAUUUAUUACCAAUUUUAAUGAGUACAAGACAAAUAUGUUGGUGUGUUUCAGUUGCUUCGCUUAUAUAGCUACCUUUUAUUACGCCUUCAACCCUUUUUCCUUUUCCAUCAAGUUGAUGUACAUUACCAAUUUUGUCGUUCUCAUUGCGACAGCCAUGUCCACUGUGUACUAUUCCGGAUUGAUCACGAAAUCGAGGAAAAUGCUGUUCGUUAAGUAUGUAUUGCCUUAUUUCAUUUACUUGACAUUCCUUAACACAGACCCGAACAUACAAAUGCAGAUAAAAGAAAAGAGAAGAAGGAAUGCAUAA